CUUAAGUAGAUCAGUUGAACUUGGCUGAGAAUUAAACAAACAUCACAGCUAGCAGCUCGAAUUGAAAGCUCUGAUAACAAACUUAUAUUUGUGAUAAUCAAAUAGUUUUGUGAUUUGUCUGACAACUGUAAGCGUUGUUAAUACUCACUUAUUGCGGCUAAAGCGCCUAUAGCUUAACUCAUGGUAGUUUGGAAUGAUAAUCAAGACACAAAUUUCAAAUUUAUAUGAAAAUUUUAUUUACUGAGGCAUAAACUGCUCUUGGCUGUGUGUAAAGAAUAAAAUAUUCAGAUUCUUUUUCGUUUACUGUGCGAAACAAGGACUUUUGCAAUUUCGAUAAUUUUUUAAAAGUUUUUGUGCAAGUGUUAACUCGGUUUAUUUGGUUUAUGUGAUAAUGCCAAUUAAUGGUUUAGAUCAUUUUAUUUCAUCGUCGACAAAAGCCGUCGUUAAUCCAACAGACUUGAAGACUGCGCGGAAGACAUGGAACAUCAAAUCUUCGAAGUUGGCUAAGAACACGCACAAUCGCAUUCGAAGCAUUGUCGAGUCCUUGAAAAUUAAGCCGAAUCCAGAAAAACCUAUGAUACCGCUUUCGAUUGGCGAUCCUACAAUUUUUGGUAAUUUAAGAGCAUCAGAUGAGACGAUGAAAGCGGUGGUCAAAGCAAUUGAAAGCGGAAAAUAUAAUGGUUAUGCACAUACCCAAGGUCAUGAUUCUGCACGUGAAGCCAUCGCUAAGUAUAGUGCACAUCAAUCAUCUGAGCCUAUUAAUCCAAAUGAUAUAAUGAUAUGCAGUGGCUGCUCCUCUGCUUUGGAAUAUUGCAUAUUAGCAUUGGCUGAUAGUGGACAAAAUAUAUUGGUACCACGUCCGGGUUUCUGUUUGUAUCACACACUCUCAGAAGGUUUAAAUAUUGAAGUGCGUUAUUAUGACCUAUUACCAGAAAAGCAAUGGCAAGCUGAUCUUGUUCAAUUGGAAAGUCUAAUUGAUGAAAACACAGCAGCUUUGUUGAUCAAUAAUCCUAGUAAUCCUUGUGGUAGUGUUUUUAACAAAAAACAUUUAGAAGAUCUUAUUGGUAUAUGCGAGAGAAAUUUUCUGCCCAUAAUAGCAGAUGAGAUUUAUGAACAUUUUGUAUUUCCUGGAUCCAAGCACUUUGCGAUCAGUAGUUUGUCGAAAAAUGUGCCGGUACUGUCUUGCGGUGGGCUAACGAAACGUUUUCUAGUACCUGGAUGGCGGAUGGGUUGGAUUAUCAUACACGAUCGUGAUCAACGUUUAGGUGAUGCUGUCACUGGUUUAAAAAAUAUGUGUGCUCGCAUCUUGGGCUCAAAUACAAUAAUCCAAGGUGCUUUGCCAGAUAUUUUAGAAAAGACUCCGCAAAGUUACUUUGACAGUGUUAUACAUGUGUUACACUCGAAUGCAAAACUGGCGUUCAAAAUGCUUAGACGUGUUCGUGGCUUGAAACCCAUUAUGCCGAAUGGUGCCAUGUACAUGAUGAUUGGCUUAGACAUUGAGCGUUUUCCAGAGUUUAAAGAUGAAACACACUUUGUACAAGAGCUGGUCAAUGAGCAAAGCGUCUUUUGCUUGCCGGGUAAUUGCUUUGAGUACCCAAAUUUCAUGCGUAUCGUCCUGACUGUACCAGGAGAAAUGGUUGAAGAAGCCUGCUUGAGAAUUAUGGAAUUUUGUGAGGUGCACUAUAAAAUUGACAAUCGAAUUAUUGAAAACAAUAUUCUCAAAGCAGUCAAAUAUUAAAUGUUGUAAUAUAUAUUAAUUCCCAUAGAUCCUAUGAGGAACAGAGGGCCACAAUUGCUGUAAUAACCAAAUUAUAUUUUUUGCAUUUAUAGCAUUUAGUACACGGAAUGAUAGUAAAUCGGGGAAGGGUUUUUUUAUGAUUUUUAAUGAGAGAUAAUGAUUGUAAACAUUAUCUCUCUCUUUUCAGGUAUUAGUUUUAUAUGUGUAUACUGUUAUACUGUU